AAGCUCCGCUAUUUUUCCUUUGUCAACAGAAGGCGCACUGACGUCGAACUUGCAAAAUCUUUGCGUGCAAAAUUUGAGCCAGAUCCUGUCCUUAUUAUUAGCAAUUGGACCCCAGGAAUGGCCCGUUACCACGAGCCAAUUCGUGGCAAGGGGCUGCAGGAAAUGCUAAUAGGCCAAGGAUUCACUGUUUGUUUGAUCGAUGAGUAUUGCACCUCAACGUUUUGCCCAGCAUGUAAGAGCAGGAUGGAGAAAUUUCACAAAAUUGAUGAUCCUCGUCUGAAGAAUCCCAAGCACAAGCACCACAAUUGUGACAUGGUUGCGGCGUUGAACUUUCACAUCAUCCUUAAUGCCCUGCUUACAAGCGAGCGGCCUCCCCGUUUUUUGCACAAAAAGGCAUCG